AGUGUCCCCAGCCCCUGCGCAGGCUGGAGUCAGGUUCCAAGAGCCCUGAAGGCCGAGGAAGAUUUCCCUUCCUCACAGACUUGGGGGAGGGGGCUGAGAUAGUGACUUCCCCCACUCCACUCCCACGGAGCGGGAGCUUAAGGUGGAAGUCUGAUUAGUCCCGGGCGGGCUCUGGGCAGAGUGAUAGGAGGAAGCGCCUGGGAGGGUGGGGGCGGGUGGUGGUUAGCUCCCAGGGACUGAGGCUAGUGGGACUGGGCAGCACCGCAGGAGGCCGGGGGCGGCUUCCAGCUCCUCAGCCUCUCCCACUCCGCCCGGGACAGUGACCCUGCAGGACUCCACUUCUGGCCUUCCUCUACCACGGAGAUCUCAUCCCCGCGCUUCCUACCUGGAGCCCCCUCCUGCACGUGGGAGGAGACUCCGGCCUCCAGGUUUGGGAAGACAGGAGGGUCGGCUCAGGGGCUCUCACAGUCCGCUGCGCUUCCUAGGAUGAAGGCUCCCCGAGCCCAGAGGGGUCCCGUCUAGAGCGCGCACUGAGAUCCGGGCCUGGAGAGUGCCACGGGGACGCGACAUCGGAGCAGGGGCAUGAUUCUGGGGCCGGGGGUCGGGAGCCGGGACUCCGGGGUCCGGUCCUCUGGGCAUGCCCUCCCCGAUGGCGGCGGUCCCUGCGGAUAAGGCGCUUGGAGAUCCACGGGUACCCCGGGGCACAGCUGUGAGGGCCCCCAGGAUGAACAGCAGUCCAGCCCCAGCCAUGGCUGAGAAGGAGAAGAGCAGCAUCCAGUGCUCAGCCUCCAAGAGCAUCCGGCCCUUCCGCUCCAGUGAGGAGUAUCUGGAGGCCAUGAAAGAGGACCUUGCCGAGUGGCUGAACGCCCUGUAUGGGCUGGCGGUCCCAGGCGGCGGCGGCGGCUUCCUGGAGGCGCUGGAGUCCGGGGUGGUGCUCUGCCGUCACGCCAACAAUGUCAAUGGCAUUGCCAGGGACUUCGCAGGCAGCCACCCGCAGGCCGCCGGCCGACUGCGCCUGCCUUCCAGGGAGGUGGUGUUCCAGGCCCAUGGCGUGGCCCCGGGCUCCUUCCUGGCUCGAGACAACGUAUCCAACUUCAUCGCCUGGUGCCGAGGCGAGCUGGGCAUCCCCGAGGUGCUGAUGUUUGAGACGGAAGACCUGGUCUUACGGAAGAACGAGAAGAACUUUGUGCUCUGCUUGUUGGAGGUGGCCCGAAGGGGCUCCAAGUUUGGGGUGUUGGCCCCGAUGCUCAUCCAGCUGGAGGAAGAGAUUGAGGAGGAGCUGAGGGACCAGGCCAGGGAGUCGGGGCCUCCCACUGCUGGGGAAGGGGAUGGGGACCGGCGGGCCUCGGACCCAGCCCCUGGCACUGGGGCAUACCCCAGCCGGGGACCCAGGAUGACCCUGUGUGACUUCCGAAACCUGGAUGAGCUGGUUCGAGAGAUUUUGGGCCACUGUACUUGCCCAGACCAGUUCCCCAUGAUCAAAGUGUCUGAGGGGAAGUACAAAGUUGGGGACUCCAGCGCCCUCAUCUUUGUUCGAGUCCUGCGAAGCCACGUGAUGGUAAGGGUGGGUGGAGGCUGGGACACGCUGGAACACUACUUGGAUAAGCAUGACCCUUGUCGGUGCGCUUCCAUCUCGCACCGGCUACCCCAGCCUCGGGCACUGACCUUCUCCCCACAGAAAGCAUCCCCAGCCCCCAGCCCCCGGGCCUCCAGUCCUGGGGCUCAGCGCUGGCCGGAUGUGGGGAGCCCUGCCCCAGGAGGGGAGCGCCGGGGCUCUCGGCCCGAGGGGCUCCCUGCCCGGCUCCCUCAGGCUGCUGCUAACCCCCGAGGCCAACGGGAUGGUCCGGAGACUCGCCAGGCCAAUCCACUGAGGCCCCCGAGGUCUCGCCGAUGCUCAGGUGACAGUGACUCAUCGGCCUCCUCAGCACAGAGUGGCAUCUUGGGCUGUUGCCGGGGUGAAGAGGGGUCCCCGGGACCCCGGAAGGACAGUAGCAGUCAGCGGGUCACCAGGGUCCCAGCCCCUCUCAAGAGACCCCCAGCCCAGCGGAGCAAGUCCCGGGAUCGGGGCCCUGGGCCCAGUCCCCGAGUAGAGGAGCGGGGGCGGCCCCGGGGGGCCCAAGGUGGAAGAGAUGCCCGGCCAGCAGCCCCGAGCCCCGCCCGGCGGGCACGGAGCCAGGGCCGAGAGGACCAGACCAUGUUUCUCAUCCACCGAGACAGAGAUGGGCAGCACUCGUGGGCUCGACCCGGUGGCUCUGGCAGAAGCACCCCCCGGGCGAGGAGCCCUGCUGUCCCCCGUGCCCGGCCCCAGCCCCCCACGGCCCCUGAGCCCCCGCGACCCCUGCAGGCAGUGGACACCCUCUGUCAGGAGCUAGAGGAGUUGGCGCGAACCUUCCGGGCCCCCCUGCAGUUGGACCCUGGUCAGGAACAGCGGCUCUACCGCUGCCUGGAGGAGGAGUACCUGGCCAACUCUAAGGCCUUGGAGGCUGAAAGGGCCUCUGGGGCCCAGGCCCCCCAGACCACGCCCGAGCCCGUGGCCCCCGACUCUGCCUACUGCUCCUCUAGUUCCUCAUCAUCUUCCCUCAACUUCUUCAGCAAGCACGGCCCCCCCACUGAGGCCUCCCGGGGGGGCCUGGCCCCCAAUGGCGUGGCUGGCAUCCCCAAUGGCUCCGGUGAGGGGUGGGAUGCCAGGGCCCCUGGCCGCCGUCAGGGCCCCGCCCUCUCCAGCUCUUCGGACGAGAGUAACUACUGCCCUGCACUCAAUGAUGUGCAGGAGGUGCCCGAGGUGGGCUGGAGUGAAGCAGAGAUCGAGGGCUCUGGGGAUGAGCAGGGGGCACCGGGCCUUGGGCAGGCCAGGCCCGCCCUCACUGCAGACCCCCUAAGACCAUGUGCCCGUCCUCGGGCGGACAACCAGCCGGACAGAAAGCCAUCACGCAUCCCUACCCCGCUGGCCCCUCGGAGGCCUUCAGCCUGGCAGGGUCUGCACUCGGGUCUCUCGGGCUUCCUGGAGCCCCUGACUCAGGUGCCAAGGGGAGGGAGGAGGCAGGAGGAGGGUGCCUGGAUGUGACCCCCUCCAAGGCACCCCCAGACCACACCGACAUGGCUGGGGGCCCCUUUGUGCCUCCUCUCUGGGACCACCGAGUCUAGGGCUGGGCUGUCAGCCCUCAUCCCCUUCUUCCUUCCUAUGUGGCCUUAGUUGUAACCGGGUCCAUCGGGCUGACGGGAUUUCCGCUCCCUUCGUCCAGGGACCAAUGUCAGGGAAAGGCAGGAGCAGGGACUGCGGCUGACUUUAAGUUUACGGUUUCUGGGUUUAGGGGAGGCAGGUGGUCUGGAUUGUCCCCCCUCCCCAUCCCUCCCUGUACUGUACAAGUGGGCAUAGCAGAUCUAUUUAAAUCUAAUAUAUUGAGAGAGUGUGUGUAUGUGUGUGAGACGAGUGAGAGAGCGCGCGAGCCCCCGGCCAGGCCCCCAGCCCUGCUGAAGACACCCCCCACCCUGCUCUGUAAACCUCCCUGGCCCUGAGAGAUUCUGAGCUGAAGAGAGUAAACUAAUGUCCAUUG